ACGUCUAUUUACCAAAAUAUGUCAAAUGACCUUGCUAGUUUGUAAACAUUACUUCGGUAAAACAUUUUGAAAGAUUCUCAUUAAUAUUGAGGAUUUUGCAUCAAUCAAUCACUUUUUUUCGAAAACUAAGCAAUACCUGUGAGAGUACAAAAUGAACAUCGAUUUUGAAACCAUGGCAGUGCUAGAAGAGGAAUCUCAAAACGAGUCCAUAGACGGCGUAUACGGGUCGCUCGGCGCGUCGGGUCCGGAGACGGAGCGCCGCGAGAGCGGGAAGCGCGGCCGGCGGCCUGGCAGGAAGGCGCAACUCGACAAGCAGGACAUGAAAGCCAAGCUGGAGCGGAGUAGGCAGUCAGCGCGCGAGUGUCGCGCCAGGAAAAAGCUCCGGUACCAGUACUUGGAGGAGCUGGUGGCUGACCGGGAGCGCUCCGUGCUCGCUCUGAGGAAGGAGCUUGACAAGUAUUACAAAUGGAACCAAGAACUGGACCAGGGCCGUAUGCCCGAGGGUCUGGAGGCGAUGCUACAGGAGCUAGGCGUAGUCAAACAGGAGGAAAAGCCCUUCUAGGCCUGCCGAGGUUCCCUGCUAUCUCCCCCUUGGAGGAAACGAGGUAAAAUCUACCAAAAAUCUCUUUUUAACAAACCGAAGACCAUCAAAAAUCUUCGCUGGAUGCUUCAUCAGAUUUCCAAGAUUUCAUCUCUUCGUUUGGAUCCUAAAUAACACUUCCAAUUUAGUUUACUAAGAUUGAAACUCUUUGUAUGUUCAAAUUUAAAGAUCUACUCUUCAUGUAAAAUAUUUGGAUCCUAAUUUGUAUGAUUUUAAGGAGUAGAUUCGAUAUGUUUACUAAAACGUUGACCAAUUAUUUAAAAUAUUUGGAUUCUAAAUA